AUGUCUUGGGCUGCCCCUGAUGAGCUCUUACUCUCCACCUCUCUUGCUACAUACCUAGACAAAAAACUUCUUGUUCUGUUGCGAGAUGGUCGAAAACUUCUGGGAUUAUUACGGUCGUUUGAUCAAUUUGCUAAUGUUGUUCUAGAAGGUGCGUGUGAACGGGUAAUUGUCGGAGAUCUUUAUUGUGAUGUCCCUUUAGGCCUUUAUGUAAUUCGUGGGGAGAAUGUUGUCUUAAUUGGAGAGCUGGAUUUGGGUAAGGAAGAGCUUCCACCGCAUAUGACAUAUGUGUCAGAGGCUGACAUAAGAAAGGCUCAAAAAGCAGAACGCGAUGCUAGUGAUCUAAAGGGCACCAUGAGGAAAAGGAUGGAAUUCCUCGAUUUUGACUAA